AUGCGUGGAGAACCCUUGGCACCACUCCCCCCAGCAGCACCACCACCAGCACCCACUGCUACGGCCGCAAACUGCUCCCCACUGUCCUCUCGUUGCCCCUCCUCCCACCCCUCGCCUGUGUACCACACGCCAUUCACCUGCUGCCCCUCGUCCUCCCCCCGUCAGCCACCGCCGCACCACUCACCCUGCCACAGCCACUCGCCACCUCAUGCCACGUCACCAUCGCCCCACGCACCCCUCCCCACUGUCCCCUCCGUCCUUCCUGCCUCCCGUGCCCCCGCCGCUUUCCCUACUGCUGCUGCGCCUAAGCCAGCAGGCACACAAGGAGCGGCCUCAGCAACCGCAACAGCAGAGGGGGCAGUGCUCGCACCCCAAGCGAGGCCCUCGGCCAUGCCGUCACCACCCUCCCCUGCCCCGUCUCCUCUCCCCAGCGCGCUAGCAGCGGUGCCUCGUACAGAUGUAACAGGUCACUGGUGUAGCAGGAUGGCGUCAGGGCAUGGCGCACUGCACAUGGCACGCAGCUCGGCACUCGCAGGCAGUGCAGUGGGGCGGGGCAGCACGGGGUGUGCAGGUGCAAGCGAGCAUGCGGGGAGGUGCGCAGCAGAGGAGGGCAGUGUUGAGUUGCACCACUCACGCGCGGCACACCUCUGCUGCCCACCCCAACGUGCACGCAUGCACCACCGCCUCGCACCGCAGCACACCGCUGCUCCACCGGGUGGUAAAGUGCCGCUGACUCCACCUGCCUCUGAAACCCCCUCCCUCACUCCGCCAACCCCCCAACCCGCCUCCCUCCCCACCCCAUCCCCGCACCCGUCCCCACUCCCAUCGCCGCCAAACCUGCCCGCCCACCCUCCGCCGCCCGCACCGCCAUCCUGGAAGCACCUCGCGCCGCCCGAAUGGCACGCAGCCCCAUGCGGUGCAUCGCUGGCGAUGGUGCAGGCGGGCGGCAGCGACGUGCGCAUCUGGGACGUGCGGGACGGGGGCGUGGCGGUGAGCAUGCAGACAGAGGGCGCGGUGGAGCGCAUGGCGUGCUGCUCUCCUAUUCUGUGGCUGGACGAGGAGCGCCUCGUCGUCGUGGAGGAGGGCGGCAGCGUGGGGCUGUGGCACGUGGCGGGUGGCGAGGCAGUGCUUUUCCACCACGUGCAGCUGCUGGACCCGUGGGGCGAGGCUGAGCGCGUGUGCGCCGUUGCUGUCAUGCCGGGGCGGCGCUGCAACAAGCGCCUCUUCCCCUCGCUGUCAGUGCUGCUGCCUGCGCUCAUUGCACUGUGCCUACUGCAUCCAUCGCUGCGUCAUUCGCUCAACCCCUUUUUUCCUUCUUCUCACUGUGUGCGCUCGCUGAUGUCCGGCUCCCCCUGCUGCCCUGCUCUCCCGUGGACCACGGUGUGGCAACAUGACCCCAUGGCACGGCAUGGCAGGAGGGGCGAGGGAGUGACAUGUGCAGUAGCAAGCGAGAGCGCGGUGUACCUGGCGGACUGGAGCACCCCGGCUGUCAUCCUCCACCGCAUCGCCUCCUCCCACGCCCGCCCGCCAGACGCCAUGUGUUUCGCGGGCACGUCUCUCUUUGUGGCGCUGCCCUCGCUGCCGCAUGAAGACUUUGCCGCCGUGCAGGUCCCCACCCGACCCUCCCUCCCACCCCCUGUCCGCACGGCCCUACAGCGCAUAGAGUGCAUCAGCGGGCGGGAGGGUGAGCGGUACCACCUGGACUCGCACGUGCCGCGCGCCAGCAGAGGGCCGCUGCUCACCGUGCGCGUGCACGCCGGGCGGCUGUUUGCACUGCAUGCGGGCGGCGUGCACGUGUUCCGCCUGCACCGGGCGGCGCAGCGGGGCGGAGGAGCGGGGGCAGGCAGGGGUGCGGGCGGGGAUGGGGGGUAUGAGGUGCGGGGGCGGGGUUACCUGCAGCAAAGGGCAGGGCAGGGGAGGAGAGGUAGAGACAGAUGUGGGAGUGCAAUGGCGGGCGUGGCAGCAGCGACCACGCAAGCCCCUGUGCAGAGAGCGGUUGAGUGCGGUGCGACGGUGACGGGAAGAGAGAGCGGAGGGGCAGAGAAAGAAGCAGCGGUGGUGCUCCGUCCCCAGGCAUGGCACAGUGGUGCUGCUGAGGGGUCUGAGGGCACACCCGGCAAUGAGGGGGAGCAGGGAAGAGAGAGCGGUUAUGGAAGGGAGGAGGGGUAUGAAACAGAGGAGGGUGUGGAUGGGCAGGAGGGUGAAGGGGGGCAGGAUGGCAUUGCGAGGGCCGUGGAGUGUGACAGCGGUGGUGGUGGAGAUGGUGGUGGAGUGGGAAGUGGGGGGAGCGAGGGGGUGGAGGAGCGGAGGCUGGUGGGGGUGGUGGGCAGGCGGGUGAAUGGGCUGCUGCACCCGGCCAUGGAUGUGGUUGGGGAUAGGCUGCUGCUCGUCUCUGCUAACCAUCCGCCAUGUCUGUAUUCAUGUCCCUGA